AUGCAAGGCGAGCCGCAAAUCGUGCGGCUCAUCCAUCUCGGCGAGACCGAAGCCGCGCUGCGUUUGAUCAGACAAUCCACUCAGGCUGAUGAUGAAGUGGGAGAUGAAGAUGCAUUCGAUCCCAACUACAAGACGGCAGGCGGGUGGUCGCUGCUGCACAUGGCCGCGCUCGGCGACGCGGUCGACGUGGUGGCGGCUCUCAUCGACGCCGGCGCCGAUCUGGAGGCCGAGGACAGGGGCGGGCUGCGGCCGCUCCACUACGCCGUGAGCUGGGACGCGCAGCAGACCCUGGCCGAGCUGGUGCGGCGCGGAGCCAGCCUCAACUGCACCUCCAAGGACCAGAUCUUCUACCUCAACAAGAUCAUCCCCGUGUUCGUCGUGGGCGGUCGCACGCCGCUCCACCUGGCCGUAGACAAGGGCUACUACGAGUGCACACAGAUGCUGUUGGAGGCUGGCGCGGACGCUUCUGUGAUCGAUUGGAGCGGCCGGACUGCGUAUGAUCUCGCGGUGAACAACAACCGCUUGGACAUUGCUUCGUUGUUGCGUCCCGAUGUCACUGAGCAUGUAUCGGCAGUGCCCAAGAACUUUCACUUCGAUCGCCGAGGCGUCGAGACGCGGCUGGGCCGGAAGGCCCCGCUGCCCUCUCUUCAUCCGAUUCCGACUGCAACCACCGGCGACAACGACAGCACAGCCGCCGCCGAGCCACCAGCUGCGUCGCAGACGGAUGACGAAGAUAAGGUCGCCGCCGCCGCCGAGCCGAUCAUGGAGUCGGGCGACCCGCGACCCUGCGCACCGCCCACGGGGGCAGCCGCGCUUCCCUUUUCGGGAAGCUUCGGCAGUGAUCAGGCCUCGAGUGGCGGCCGACUGGGCGUGCUGGCCGACAUGCUUCGUCAGGCCAACGCGCUCCUCAAGGAGGCCCAGCGACAAGCGGCCGCGGCCGAGCAUCAGCCGUAA